CUCUCUCAGCGGCAAAGCUCUGGGGAUUUGCGGAAAACAGAUCAAGCCGAGCGCCAGCAGUGAGAGAAGGCAGCCCGCCUGUUUAAGCAGAAACGGACGUCUGGAUGAGGCAGAAAUGGGGACUUGAUAGUGGGCCCCAGUGGCAAACGAAUUUUUUUUUGUUUAACUUAGGAAAUAUAUGAAGCCUUCUUUGUAACGCGUUAUUAUAUGAGUCGUUCGCUGUAAUCAGGAUAAAAAUAAGAACUUAUCUUAAAGCCCUUGUCUCGCUAUAUCCAUUCACCGUGACGUUAGUAUCGGGCCUUGGCAUUGUGUUGUCAGUUUCACAACCCGGCUGCUGACGUUUUUUUGUAACACUACUUUGUGCCCCUAUUUCGGCUCAUCAAUAGCGAUUUCUAUCCGAAAGGGGAGUUUGACCUUUAGUGCUGGGGUGGAGUUCGGAGCACUGGAUGGACCCCUAAGAGCCGGCGUUGCUGUCCUGAGUGUUGCUUCCGCGGGGGACGGCCACGAUGAAGAGCGAGGUCCCGUCUGACUCGCCAGGCAGACACGAGCACCUGAAGGGGGCGCUGGCCAACCCCGAGCCGAUGGAGGCCGCCAAGAGCUUCCCCGCCGACAUGGACGUGAUCGGCAAGGUGGGCAGCGAGUUCGCAGCCAUCUGCGGCGAGGCCCGGCACCGGCCCCUGCGGGAGGUGGGCCCCGGGGCCCGCAGGGACCCCGACAGGGGCCUCCCCGCCCGCAAGAAGCGCAAGAGCCAGCAGGCGGGGCCCUCGGACUGCGCGCUGAAGGAGGCCCGGCUGGCCGGGGGGCCCCUGGCGCCCUCGCACCGCGGGGCCGGCGCCCUGGAGGGCCGGAGCGAGGACGAGCGCCACCUGGAGUCGUCCUUCAGCGACUGCGCCUCCUCGCCCUCCUCCAGCCUGCGCUUCGGGGACUCGGACACGCUCAGCUCGGAGGAGGAGGAGGAGGCGGGGGCCGGGGGCGGGGCGGUGGUGGGGGAGGGGGCGGAGCCGCUGCGGCGGCGGAAGGCCGUGCCGGGAGGGGGCGGGGUGGGGGUGGGGCUGCGCCCGGCGGCGGGCCGGACUCGGGGGAGCGGCAGGCCGGCGAGGUGGGCGCGGCCGGAGGCGGAGCCCGUGCUGCUGAAGCGGCCGUGCCUGAGCGCCCGGCGGCCGCCGCACAGGAAGCGCUUCGUGAAGGCGGGGCCCGGGGCGGGUGGGGCCGGGGCCGGCGCCCAGCGGACUCAGAAGCAGAAGGAGCGCCUGCAGCUCCAGCGCAGGAAGCGGGAGGUGAUCGCCCGCAGGAAGUACGCCCUCCUCCACAGCACCAGCAGCUCCAGCGAGGAGCUGAGCAGCGAGUCCUCCUCCGCCUCCUCCACGGAGGGCGAGGACGAGCUGUACGUGGACGUCAGCAGCGCCAGCAGCCAGCCCGGCAGCGCCUCCAUGGCCGCAGGUGCCCUGGACGAAGACGUGGUCGUGAUCGAGGCCACGCCCGCGCCCCCGGUGCCAGCCAGCGAGGAGAUCAACGUCACCUCCACCGACAGCGAGGUAGAGAUUGUCACCGUUGGAGACGGCUACAGGCCUCGCUCCGUGGGGGGCCAUGGCCGGAUGCACUGGGGGCCCAGCUGCUCCCAGAACCGGCCCCAGGAGCCGCGCGGACGCCACCGCAUCUCCACCGUCAUCCAGCCCCUCCGCCAGAGCGCCGGCGAGGUGGUGGACCUCACCGUGGACGAGGAGGAUCUCUCAGUAGUGCCAACCACCUCCGACAGCGCGCGCCCACGGCUCGUCGGUACCGCCUCCCCCUCUUCCUCCCGCAAUGCCUCUACCUCAGAGCCCCCCCGCGACGGGCCCGGGCCCUCCAGCAGCGGCUCCGUGCCCGACAGCAUACUGGGAAUGCAGGCGCACAACGGCACAGCAGGCGCCUCAGUAGGGGAUGAUGCGAGACGAGGCUCAUCUGGGCUUUCGGGAGAGAGCGGGGGUACUGCCAUGCCCCGGCUGCCCUCCUGUUGCCCCCAGCAUUCCCCGUGUGGCGGCCCCUCCCCAGGACACCUGUCACUUGGCCACGCCCACUCCAGCUGCAUGCAGGGCCCACCUCCCCAACAGGCCCUGCCCCAGCACAGCCACGCCCACCACUUCCACCACCACCACGCCCCCUCCGCCCCCAUAACCCUCGCCUUCCCUGAGCCCGGCUGCCCCCUGGAGAGGCCCACUGCGAUGCCAGCGCCCUGCGGGGGGGUCAGCAGCACAAGCGGCCAGUACCUCGACCAGACUCUACCGGUGGAUCUGAGCAACAGCGGCAUCCGGGGAAGUGGGAGCGGCGGUUUCCACGGCACCUCGGCCUUCGACCCUUGCUGCCCGGGGUCGUCGUCGCGGCCCCCGGCGUACGGCACGCAGGUGGCGCUGGGGCCCGGGCAGGCCGGGGGCGUGGACGCGUACGGCUCGGCCAUGGUGACCCAGCCCCAGGCCCAACACCAGCCCCAGCCACAGCUCUCCUCCUGCAGGCACUAUAUGCACCCCACCUAUCCCCUGGCUCGGUCUCUUCACCACCAAACCCCGUCCUCCUGCCCCCACUCCCACGGCAACCCCCCGCCCCCUCCCGCCCCGCAGGCCGACUACGUCAUCCCCCACCCGGUGCACGCCUUCCACCCGCCGGGCCACGCCGUGCCCCCGGCCCCGCCCCCCGCCCUGCCCGCUCACCACCUGCCGGGCCCGGCGGCCCCCCUGCCCCAGCACCUGCCCCCCGAGCACCAGGCCCUGCCCCACCACAUGCCCCCGCUGGCCCCUGCCGUGCAGAGGCUGCACCACCACGAGGUGCUGCAGAGGAUAGAGGUGCAGCGGCGGCGCAUGAUGCAGCACCCCACACGAGCGCACGAGAGGCCGCCGCCCCACCCCCACAGGAUGCACCCCAACUACGGCCACGGUCACCACAUCCACGUGCCGCAGACCAUGUCCUCUCACCCGCGCCAGCCCGACCAGAGGACCACCUGGGAGCUGGGCAUCGAGGCCGGCGUGACCGUGGCUCCGUAUCCUCCUGGACACUUGCACCCGCACCUGCCGCACUACCACCCUCCCCCUCGGCUGCACCACUUCCCCAUCCCCUUCGUGCACACCGGUGUGUCGGAAGUGACCUAUCCUCACAUUCGUUAUAUAUCAUCCAGAAUGACUGGAUUUGGACGAACAUAUGAAGACCUGCUCCAUUUGGAGGAGCGGUUGGGGACUGUGAACCGCGGUGCCUCUCAGGGAACCAUAGAGAGGUGCACUUACCCACACAAGUACAAAAAGCAGAGGAAGCUACACGGCAAGCAGGAGGAAGACGAAGGUGCUGAGGAAGACACGGAGGAGAAGUGCACCAUCUGCCUGUCGAUACUCGAGGAAGGCGAAGACGUCAGACGGCUUCCUUGUAUGCACCUGUUCCAUCAGCUCUGUGUGGACCAGUGGCUUCUCACCAACAAGAAAUGCCCCAUCUGCAGAGUGGACAUCGAGGCCCAGCUGUCGGCAGAGAGUUGAUGCUGUUUUUUUAGCAGCCCUUUCGUUUUGUUUCUAUUUGUUUCGUUCGUCUUUUUUUCCCUUCAGUACUGCGGGCAAACCAAAGAUGGCAUGAAUACCUUGUGCAGAUUCAAAAUGGAAAAAAAAAAACAGAAAACAAAAAAAAAAGCAAAACAAAAAGGAGCAUCGAACCUAGAGUGCCAGCUGUCACACAGUACCAACACUGCUAGAAAUUACACCUUUGUUAAAGAUUUAAAUUUUAUUGUAUUUAUGAAGCUUUUUAUGUAGCUUUUGAUUUUCUUAAGUGUCUUUUUGUUUUGCAUGGUUCUUCGUAAUGCAUUUCUUUGCACAUAUAAUGAAACGGCCUUAUCAUGGCCAAACAACUUGCAGGCGAGAAUAGCUGCCGUAGUAAAGAAGCAUUUUUGUGAUGCUGUGCUUUACUGGAAUAGAAUGUUCACCUCCAUUUCCUAACCUUGCAGGAUUCAUUUUAAAUAAUCAUGAUUUUGAUUUGUUUAUGUGUAAACUAUGUGCUCAGCUAGAUUCAAGGAAGAUGUUUUUGUGCAGGGUAGGGGGGGAGGGGAUAAAAUCAAGACAUUCCUUUAUUAGAGGGGGGAAGAGUAUAAAACACAGUGAAGAGCUGCUGUAUUAGUCUGUGUACACCAUUGUGCAGUAUCCCCUGAAGAGGAGAACCAUACGCAUGUCCUACCAGGAACAUGCGCACACUGGUUCACAGAUUAUCUUCCGGCCCUUGAUGUCAACAGACUUUACGCACUUCAUCAAGUCUGUCUGAGAAGAAAAAAAAGAAUUAUGAAUGUCACUUUUCUGUGUUUUGACUGUUCUUUUUUACCGGAGCGAAUUGCCGAAUUCUGGGGAGGAAACACGGCAAAAGGUCUUAGCAUACAGAUUAUUUAUGCUUCGCACCUUCAUGUGGGCUUGACAUGGGGAACUGGUUUCUACGGCGAUUGAUCUCAGGCCAACAGAUACAUUAAGAUUCAUGCCAAUCUGCAAUCUGAAAAUGUGCUUAUUGUGCGAUAAGUGCAGCCUGAGCUACUUAUGUUUUCUUUUUCAUUUGAAAUGUUGAUUCUGUACUCGGACUGCCUGGAAUAACAGCUCUGUGUGAUGGCCAGCUCAUCCAGUUAUUUCUAUGAACUUGGCCAUUUAUUAUCAAUCUUUUUUUCUCUGUGUAUCUUUGCAGAACGGUUUUUUUAUUUGCUGUCAUGAAGAAUUUAACACUAAUAUUAUUCUCAAAUAGCUAAGUUGCAUAUACUUGCACAUCAAAAAGGUGAAAGGAAUAAGAUGGGAGGUCUGUGAAUAAUUAAAAGUGUAUUGAGGCCAUCCGUUGCUCUGAAUUUCAGAAUUUUGAAAAACUGUAAUAAUUUUGGAGUGUUGGAAUGCAGUACUUAUGGCAGGUGUCCAUGCAUUCAUAGACUUAUUGGCCCCAGGAUGCCUUUCUGAGGGAUUUAUAUUAGUUUUAAAAUAGUAAUAUUAAUAAAGUUAGGUAACUCUUA